AUGAGACCCCGUUAUGACUAUGCAUCCACCUCUCAUCAGGAUGAUAAAGAAACAAGGGACGUAAAGCCAACGUCGACUGUAAAUUCCAACCGUUCCAGGAACAAAUACAACUCUUACAAACGACCUACACCAUUCCGCGCAGGAUCCACCAGCCCUGUUUCCAGCAUAAGCGCAGAUCUUGGCCCAUUUCUAUCACCUGUUCCAGGGCAUGGUGUGCAGGGUUUUAGGGCGUCAACACCACGAAUUCACCGUCAGGAAUCAGCCGGCUCUGUAUCGUCCCAAAGCUAUAUCGACAAGUCAAGUGUGCCUAGCCCGGAACAAUCCUAUGCAGCAUGGGCAGCAAAGGAAGAUUCACAACAGUCCAGAGAAGAAAAAUCCAUGCUUACAAAAGAUAAUGAUGGAAAUAAUUAUUCAGAGAUGAUUGACCGACCACAUUCCGAAACAAGCAGUUGGAGUUUUGCUGAAGCUGCAUCCAUCAAUCAUCCCAGUGUACAUGGUUUGUCUAAUUCGCGCCCACCGUCUCGCUACUUCUCUUCAGAUUCUGAACAUGAUGAUAUGGACGAUGAGGUUGCGCAUAUUAAUAACCAAGGUAUUGAAGACGUGACUGGUGAAGAUGAUGAUGAGGAGGAGGAGGAAGAAGAAGAUGAUCGAGAUGAAGAACGAGACGAGGACCACGGAGAGCAUGACCAGAUACACGAAGACGACGACGACGACAUGAUACCAGAUUCACUACUUUCUGGGCAGCAGGAUGUUAGUCCAGUCCCGAAUCGUGAUCAACGUUCUGAACAAUCACAUCGAAAUUUCCUAUCAUCCAGUUUUGAACAUCCUGAUACGCGGAUGUGGCAAAAGAAAGGUUCUACCAACACAUCCCUUCUCAGUCAGCGAUUAGACCGAUAUCGGAGAGACGGCUCAUUGAAUUUAAAUAGAGUAGAUCGCCUUGGAUUCUCACCAGACAGACUUCGAUACGAGGCAGAUCAGCAAAGUCCUCAGUUUAGCGCUCGACAGGAUUCUCAAGACAGAGCGAGGUACCGACCAACAGAGAGCCGUCAAAGCGACUUUAGUUCCAAAAGCAGAUCAAAAUUAAGAGAGACGUGGAGGGCAAGCCUCAGUCCUCGUCGAAGGCGCGGUGAAGUGGAUUUAGACAACCAUUAUAGUUUGGAAAAAGGUAUUAUUUUUUCUGACCGUGUCAUUUGA